UUGAGCUACAAUGACGUUUGGGUAGAGAGAGGAAGAACGAUGGAGACGAGGAGAUAGUGAGAGAACGAGGGAGGAGGGGGUUGAGUCAGAGAUUUAAGGAGGGAGAAGAAAUGACAAGUUUGGAGGUGUGAGAGAGAGUGAAGAAUUCAGUGAGAGACAAAGUGAAGGUCAGAAACAGCAGCUGUAAAAAUGAGAUUCUCAUUUGUGUUUUAGCAGUUAUUAAUAUUACUGUGGUUAUAAAAGACUCAUCAUUAACUGCCUGUCAAAGCUUUACUGGUCAGUUUCUCCUCACUGUACCUCCUGAGGAGUUCUGGGUCAGUGAUGUCCCUCCUGGUCCUCCAGGGUCUGACAAUGUCCUCUGCUCAGAUUCAACAUCAGAAGUUCCAGGUCAUAUUUCAGUGUUCGUAGUCGCUCUUCUCAGGAUAAAACAUGAUAAAUUCCUUACGCCUUUCUAGAAGAUGAAAUGGGGAAAAAAUACUGGAUGUCCUACAUGUGGAUAAAUCAUGAAGAAGUGUCCUCUGGAUGUUCUUCCUGCACGAUAAUGUUCUUCUGGUUCUCUAUCAUGAAAAUAUACAUUUUAAACUGUUAUAGCAGCUGUAUGAAUAAUUAAAAAAUCCUCCUUAAAGCCUUUACUGUCCUGUGCCCUCCUGGUUUGAUGUUCCUUUAGUCUGUGAGAUGUUAGAAAGUUCCCUCUGGAUUCCCUGCUGGGGUUCAGUCAUAAAAUAAUGAGCUCUCUCAUAUCUUUCGAGCUUGAAAAAUCCUCUUUUAUUUCCAUUUUUCAUAAUAUCAUGAGUAGCUGUCCUUUCAGAUUUGUUACAGAUGUUGACUCUCGUACCUUUUUAGAAAUUAAAAACAACAUUUUUCCUCUGGGUGUGAAUAAACAGUAGAAAUGAUCCUCUGGAUGUCCUCCUGGUAUGAAAAUGCAAUUUUAUGGAAAAAGCACGAAAAGUGUCUUUAGAGCGAAACACGACAGAGUCACUUAUAGAAACUUUUUUGUAAAUGAAAUUAAGAAGAGCACUUUUGACGACCUAAAAAGUGUCCUCUGAGUCCCUCUCCAACAGAUAAAAUAAAAUAAGGUGGUAAUUUAAUCUUUUUACAGCCUAUUUGUGGCUGAGCCUGAUCUAAUACUCAGAAAGUCUUCUUUAUUAUUGAAGUGUUAUUUUAGGAUUCUUUAAUAAGUCAGUUUUAAAAAGACCGUUUAAAAAAACUGUGUGGGACAUGAAGUCAGUCUCAGCAGACAGAGAGCGCCCUCUGGUGUCAUAUGAAUAGAAGACAGUGAAUAAAUGAAUGCCCGGGUCACUGACCCUGUUGUGGAGGACUCACUCAGAUCCUAAUUAUAGCCCAGCUUUAAAACAAACAGCUGAUUACAUAAAGUUUUUGUUCUCAUGAUGAAGCGGACGGUCGUGGUUCAUGUUCAGGUUCCUCAGAUUUUAUGUUUUUAUUCUUGAAUAUUUGAAAUAGUUGUAAAUUUCUGCAGAAGACAAACAGCUCAGACUUUGUUGGGACAGAGGGAGCAGAGAGGAGGGGUCUGUGACGUGAAUGGUUCUGGUCCGCUGUCAAACGGUGCGGUCAGCGGUUGGCCAGGACAUACCCUUCCUUCACUCUGAGCCAACUUUGUCACCGUUUGCGUCUCUCUAUUGUGAGCGGGCAGCAGCUCCCUCUGUGGGGGGCCCGGCCGCGCUGAAAAGGACGUCCCAACCAAGAGUUGGUCCAACGGGCUGCAGAUCAGACCUGAACUUCUGCCUGCUGCAGCACUCGGACCCGUGCUCUGCUGACUCACUCCAGGUCUCUGCCGUCUCAGCGAACUGAUCGACCACGCUGCAGGGUGAGUUUCCUUCUUCUUCCUAACGGCCCCGUCGAUGCUUCCUGAAGUUUCCUCCUUAUUUUUGUUUAAAUCUUUAUUUUGAGCACUAAGAAUCAUCAGACUCUCUCUGUCAGUGUUUGUAUUUUACCUCCAGGCAGGAUGAGACUGACGUUUGGGGCUCCUCAGCCCAUGAAGGAGAGCUCCUCCGCCUCUGUCUCUGGUGUUACUGUCGCUCUCUGUCUGCUCACUCUCCUCCUGAUGGCGCUCAGAGGACGGAAGAGCCAACACCAUCACUCCCAAACCAAGUACCCCCCACCUCCUGGUCCGACUCCCUGGCCUCUUGUUGGGAAUCUCCUCCAGAUGGGGGAGCAGAUCCAUCUUUCUCUGACACGUCUGAGGCUCCAGUACGGGGAUGUUUUCCAGGUAAAACUUGGAGAAAUAUAUUUUUAUUAAAACAGGAAUGAUCGUGAUGAUUUCAUGAUUUUCUGACUUUUCACUCCAGCUGCGUCUGGGAUCUCUGACUGUGGUGGUCUUGAGUGGAUACUCCACCAUCAGACAAGCGUUGGUUCGACAGGGAGAAGCUUUCGCAGGAAGACCUGACCUCUUCACCUUCUCCGCUGUAGCUAACGGGACCAGUAUGACCUUCAGUGAGAAGUACGGGCCGGCCUGGAUGCUCCACAAGAAGCUGUGUAAGAACGCUCUCAGGUCGUUCUCACAAACUGAACCCAGAGGAUCAGGAGCCACCUGCCUGCUGGAGGAGCAGGUCUGUGCAGAGGCGGCGGAGAUGGUGGCGGUGAUCCAGAAACAGGCCGCCGCAAACGGCGAAACAGCGGGCGUCGAUCCGGUGAAGGCCCUGGUGACCUCGGUGGCGAAUGUCGUCUGCGCUCUCUGCUUUGGAAAAAGGUACGACUACAACGACAAGGAGUUCCUCACGAUCGUUCACAUCAACAACGAGGUCCUGAGGAUCUUCGCCGCGGGGAAUCUGGCCGAUUUUUUCCCCGUGUUUCGCUACUUUCCGAGUCCGUCUCUGAGGAAGAUGGUCGAACAUAUUCGCAGGAUGAACGGAUUUAUGGAGCGGAGCAUCAAAGAGCACAUCAACACCUUCGACAAGGUGAGGAGAGAGAGAGAGAGAGAGAGAGAGAGAGAGAGAGAGAGAGAGAGAGAGAGAGAGAGAGAGAGAGAGAGAGAGAGAGAGAGAGAGAGAGAGAGAGAGAGAGAGAGAGAGAGAGAGAGAGAGAGAGAGAGAGAGAGAGAGGGAGAGAGAGAGAGAGAGAGAGGGAGAGAGAGAGAGAGAGGGAGGGAGAGAGAGAGAGAGAGAGAGAGAGAGAGAGAGAGAGAGAGAGAGAGAGAGAGAGAGAGAGAGAGAGAGAGAGAGAGAGAGACGGCAAAAUUAAAAGGGGAACAAAAUUAGUUUUUUAAAGUUUUUAGAGAGAAAUAAAACUCAGUUUUUUAGAAACGUGGUCUGAAAUGUUGGUGAUAAUGUACAUUUUUAAAGGUUUAAAUCUCCUAAAUUAAAAUUCAUAUUGAUGCUUUUUAUGAUAAACAAAAGACCAUCGGCUACAAGAAUGAUGAUUCACAUUUUAACCAUCAAACAUUUCAAACGUUAUAAACGUGCAUCACAAUAAUGACCAAUUAGAGGUUUGAUUUCUGUGAAAAACCGACGACACGAAGGUCAUAUCAGAUUCUCCACAGCCAUAUGAGGAGGAUAGCAUGUCUUCUCUGGGUGUUUUUCUCGGUCCUGUCCCUCUAAUUUGCCAUCUACAGUUGAAUCUUGAAUGGCGUUCAUACAGAAGUAGCUGUGAGUUCAACUGUAGCCAAAAAAAUAACAAACAAGUUCCCUGGGAGGGAUCUUUGUUCUUGUGCAGAGUGGCUAAAAUGUUUGCACGCACGCUAAUUGGGAAUUAGCAUCCCACUGGAAGACACGUGUCCAGCUAUGUAACCGUCUCUUUUUAAGUCACUGCUGUUAUGAAUUUGUACAUGAUGUGAAUAAAGAUAAAUCGUUUCAGAAAUGGAAAACUAAUCUUAGAUUUGAUUUGAUAUUUGUGUGUUUUUGCAGAACUGUAUCCGGGACAUCACAGACGCUCUGAUCUCACUGUGUGAGGACCGAGAGGAAAAUCAGGAAACCUCUUUACUCUCCAACACUCAGAUCAUUCACACGGUGAUCGACAUCUUUGGAGCAGGUACGACUGUAAACGGAUUAAAAAUAAUAAGAUUAAAUGUUUUAUUAUAAUGAGGAAAGUCAUCCUGUUUUGGUUGUUUGUGGUUUUAUUUUUAAGGGUUUGACACCAUCAUCGCUGGUUUACAGUGGAGCCUCUUGUACCUGAUCAAAUUCCCAAACAUCCAGGACAGAAUUCACCUGGAGAUAGGUGAGCAGCUUUUCAAGAUCUUUAUGUUAUUUAAACAACAGUGAAAGAGUUUAAACUGUUUGAAUAAGAGUCCUUUUUAAAAACAGAAGUAAUUAUUAGGGCUGGGACUCGAUUAAAAAAAAUAAUCUAAUUCAUCAGAGGCUUUGUAAUUAGUUAAUCGUGAUUAAUCACAUUAAUACAGUGACCCAUAGAGUUUGUUAGUUUUCUGAGGUGGAUUUACUCGUCCUCGCUCUGAGUCCACUCAGGUGUGGGUCGCUGUACUAAGAGUCGGACUAACGUUUGCUUCCUCACGAGCUGCAACAUGUUUAGCGUUCAGGUGAUGCCAGAGGUGAUAUUUUUUUUACGUAGGUGGUAGGGGAAGGUCCCGCCUCCUUCGCCUCUGAUUGGCUAGAAAAGCUGUAAACGUCAUCACACGCUCAAGCUGAACACGGCUGUCGAACAUCAAACAGAACAUUACAGAACAUUAUCGCAAUUCUGAAUCUCCUAACCUUAACCUGACAGACGAUGAGGAACAACCAAUCAGAGCCCAGCACUUCAAAAAAAAAAAGAAUCGCCAUAGCGGAGGGUUAUACCUGUUGUGGUGAAAUGCUAAUUCUAUUUUCGCAUAGUUUGGAAUCACUGCUGCACUCGAUCACAUUAGUGUGCACCGGUAUAAACGGUAUACCUGAAACUCGUCCAGUGAGAAACGUUCUGCGGGGCAAAAAUACAGUAGGGGUGAAUAAUAUAUGUUAACAUUUUUAACGAGAUAAUAUUACUAUAAUUAAUCUAUCACAGUUACUGCGUUGAAGUCCUGGCCCUCACAGUUAUAUAAAAAUAAACAUGCGUGAUACUUAUACUAUCCUCAUAAAACAGCAGAGAUGAAGAAGCAGCAGCAGCUGUUAGUGUGCUAGCUUUAGCAUCCCUCUGAGAGAUUGUUUUAAAAACUGACAUUACAGAUUUAUUAUAAUUCUAAAUUUACACAGAUGUGAUGUGGUCUGUCUUUGAGUAGAUGUUUGCUCUUUGCCCACAUUCAAAGAAUAACUAAAGAUGAGACGGAAUAAAAGUGUGGAUGACCUUUUCUGAAUGUUAGGGAGGAGGUAGGUCUUUACUGAAGUUAUCAGCCUUAAGUGAAGGAAGCUGGACAGAGAAAUCAAGUUUUAAAGCUCUGACUAAAUAAACCCCCGAGGCUCUUCACAGCGGAGCGAGCAAACCAACGCCAUCAGCUGGAGAGCCGAGAGAGUCUCCAUCGAGCUCUUCAGGGCGUCCGAAUACUCUGAUCUCAGUUUUACUCUUAAAGAUUUAGGAAGUUCAGUUUCAGACAUGACUUCAUGUGAACCUUUAUUACUCCUUAAUCAUAAAGGAAAGUGAAUUUAGGAAAAGGACUCAUAUUUAUGGAAAAAGACAGAAUAUGAUGAGAAAGAUGGUUGGACCCAAAACCAAACCUUGAGGGACACCACGAGUAAGAGGCGGUCCCAGAAAAGCAGCAAAGUCUAUGAAGUUCUGUGUUGUUCCCGCCUUUUCUCUCCUUUCCUCGGUGUUACUGAUGAGUUUUUUUAUUAUUUAGUUUACUGUAAAUAUUGUAAUAUCAUAUUUUAUGGCCACAGAAAUCAUGAGGUGAAAAUCCGACACGGUGACGUCAUUAAUGCCGACGAAGUGAGGCUGAUUAGUGUUAGGAAUGCGUUCAGUCAUAAAGGGCAACUCAUUGUGUUUUUGGGACAAACCACUAAUGAAUGAAGACUGGUGACGUCUGGAGAAGAGAGGAAUUAAACUAAUGAUGCAGACCGGAGUGAAACUGAACUCCCAUCUUUUAAAACGAGCUCAGAGGAAACUGAAAUCUGCAGCAGAUCACUUCCAUGUAACUAACUCAUUAUCACACAGGAGUAGCCAGGCCAUGUCUAUUAGGAAGUAUCAAAGUUUUCAAGCAGAAUCGACAUCAUAAAAACCCCACAAUGGCCAACCCGAUGCCCCUGAGGAACAGACAGCCACUGGAGAAACUCACAAAAGAUCAGUCCAAUUUGCUGACGCCAGAGCCACUUUUGAAGUGGGUCGACAGAACCGUCUGUUCCAAGGCACGUUGCAUUUUCACACAGAGAGAGUGAGGGAGGGGAGGGGGGUGAGAGAGAGAGAGAGAGAGAGAGAGGGAGGGGGAGACACUACGAGGAGACAGAGUGAUUCAGAACGAGGGAGCCGAGCACAAACAGCCAGAGACAGAAGGAAAGGCUGGAGAGUUGUUCCAGAUCGACACAAAGGCCGAAACACGCAAAGCAUCGAUCACACGCAGACGAGCAGUCUUCAGUUCUGCAUCACGUUCAGUUUUCUGUGAUUAAAACAGAUCAAUAAAUAACCUGAUAUUCAUUUAAACAGAAACCUCAUUAAUAAACGAGUCAGAGCAGAAGUCUGGGAGCGUGGUCAUUUAUAAAUACUCACAUUAUUAUAAAAGUCAAAACAGAAAUCAUCUGAAUUUUCCAGGAUAGACUCCUCUAACUCUUCAUUUUUAGAUCUAGAAUAAAAAUCUAACUACGAUGUAGAAAGGUAGCAGAAAAAAGAAUUAAAAUAAACGAUAAUAAUAAUUGAUUUGGUAUUGACAAACCAACCUUGGAGCUGAAUUAGUGUGAUCAUUUUCAGGGUCUAGAUAAGCCGUCUAAAUAUGUUUCAUACAGAAUAAAAACUCCUCGUCAGUUUUAAUGUUUUUUUUCUCUCUUAGAUGAAAACAUCGGCUCAGCCAGACUCCCUCUGUUCUCAGACAAAGCCAAGAUGCCGUUCACAGAGGCGUUCAUUUAUGAAGUGUUUCGUCACGCUUCCUACGUCCCGUUCACCAUCCCUCACUGGUGAGACAAACAAACAAACAAACAAACAAACAAACAAACAAACAAACAAACAAACAAACAAACAAACAAACAAACAAACAAACAAACAAACAAACAAACAAACAAACAAACAAACAAACAAACAAACAAACAAACAAACAAACAAACAAACAAACACGGUCCAUUAAAGUUGUUUACAGUGUAACUCAAACUCUGUUUUUUCUCCGUCCAGCACCACCAGAAACAUCACCCUGAACGGAUAUUUCAUCCAUAAAGACACGUGUGUCUUCAUCAACCAGUUUCAGGUCAAUCAUGAUGUGUGAGUGGAUGUUCACAGUUUUCUCUUCAUUAAUGUACCGUAGAGACGUUCACAACAAAUAUGAUCUCAUGAUGCCUUUAAGGAGAGCAGGUCUAAACCAACCCUUUCUUUUUUAUCUUUUACAAAGAUUGAGUCCCGUCUUUUAAGAUCAGAUCUACUCCUAUCCCAUUUUGGUCUCUUAGUGGAGAAGAAAACCUAGGCAGAAACCUCGAGCAGAACCAGACUCAUGUUAGUUUACUGCUGGGACUGUGAUGAGAUUACAAAGAGGGUGGAGGGACACACAGAUACAUGGAGGAUUUUUAGUGAACAGUUCCUCUUCAUUUGUUCCUGUUAAUCUGGGUUAUAAAGAUCUUCGUGUUUUUCACCUCCACAGAGAUCUCUGGGGUGACCCCGACACGUUUCGACCUGAACGCUUCCUGGGUUCUUCAGGAGUCCUCAACAAGGAGCUGACAGAGAAGGUUCUCAUCUUCGGUAUGGGGAAGAGACGCUGUCUCGGCGACGGAUUUGCACGUUUAGAGAUGUUCAUCUUCCUGACCACGCUGCUCCACGGGCUGCAGAUCGAAAACGUUCCGGGUCAGGAGCUGGACCUCAGCACUGACUUUGGUCUGACGAUGAAACCUCGUCCGUACAGGAUCAGGGUCUCCUCCAGGGUUUAGUGUGUCCAAAAACACAAAUGAUACUCAGUGUGGAAGGUCUGUAAAUUAUGAAGAGUCAUUAUAUCAGGAUGAGGUUUAAAGGGACAUUUCACUGAUUUUGAGGUGAGGUCAAUAGUAGGUGAUGAAUGAUGGUCGGCUUGACUUCUUUACUGAGACACAACAGAAAACCUGAACGCAAGCUGGGCUACAGUUUUCUGUAGAUGAGAUCAAAUUUAGUCAAUUCUGAGUGAUUCUGACCCGAACACUCGUCUCAGAUCCACUCAGCAGAACUUUGACAUCAGAAAACCUUCUUUUCACACAUGUUCAUGUUCCUCCACAUGCAGCAUUAUCAGCUAAUCAGGUCUGUGAUGUACGAGCCCCUGAUAGUUUGUGAAUUUUAAUUAAUUUUUACUUCUUAAUUGUCUAUAAUGUUCAGCGCUGAAGGCCUCAGAACUCUGACUCUGAAGAAACUCGAACAUUCAGCUGAAGACGGCGGGUAACAGACAGUGUUCAGUACAACAGUGGACUCUGGCUGUCUAACAUCAGUCUGGUCCUGCUCAAGGUUUCUGCCUGUUAAAGUCUUUCCUUGCCGCUGUCACUCAUGUUAGAUGAGAUGAGGUCAUAUCUGUCUCAUGUUUAGGUCUGAUCUUGAUCAUUUAUCAAACAAUGGGCGUGGUCUAGACCUGCUAUUGUUUUUGGAAAGCAUCUUGAGAUAACGACUGUUGUGAUUUGGUGCUAUAUCAUUAAAAUUUGAUUUGAUUUUUGGGAACUGCUGUGGGAAUAUUUGGAUUUUCCACGGGUGUUACCAAGGCUGUUACCUGGACAUCCAGGUAACCACCAGGUAACCUGAGAUCCCUCCUCCCUCCUGUUUGUGACCUGAGUCGCCUUUUUCCUCCCUAAACUCUGCUCCAUAAAGGCGUCCACAGUAAACAGAAUAUCAUCACUGCUGUCAGAAUCAGCUGAUCAAUGUUGUGCAGGUGGAAGAACAUGUGUGGUGUUGUUGUUUCCUCAAAUACUGCAAAAAAUUGAACUUUGUGAUGGAAAACGAAGAGCUGAAAAGUUUAUCAGGAGUUUAAACUCAAACGGAGAAAAGUGUAAAACGCUGCAGCAGACUCAGACUGUAGCUUGUGUACAGGUGAACAUCCAUUCAGCGGUUCACCUGUAACUCACUGAACCUCACCUCAGAAACUCUGAACUCCCUCUAAGACCUCCGUUUUUACCUCAGAGUUUCUAUUAAAACAUUAAAAGGGAAAACUACUUUAUGUGUUCAUGUGUGUCAAAGUGUUAAAUCUAAACUGCAGUAUUGUAGCCUGUAUGUAACUCUGUAUUGUACACAGUAUUAAUGAUUAUUGAGGGUCGUUCAAAGUGCGUCUGUGCUUUUACUUUGAAGGGUAGAGUCACGCCGCUUUUGUGUCCCGCCACAUUAAAAUUGAAAGUAGCUGAAAACUAAUUAAAAGCCUUUAUCUAAAGUUAUUAGCUUCAGUUAAAGACUGAAGGAGUUUGUUUUAGAUCAGCGCUUCAGGCCUCAAACUGUGAUCACGCAGGGUUCAUCCUCACUCUCCUUCUCUCCUCUGUUUUCUUCCUGUCCUUACUCUCCUUCCCUACAUCCUCCCUCUCUUCUCCUCUUCUAUUUUUAGUCGCUGUAAACAGUUCAGUAAACACAUCUCCCAUUUCUUCUGACACAAAAAUAAGUCCUAAGACUUACAGUUUGGGUCCCUUGUCUCCCUGAACAUCCCCUGACCCUUCAGAGCUGCAUCCUCCCACACAGACAGAUUAGAUUCAGGCCCAGACGUCCAUGAGGGUGGGACAGAGGACAGACAGAGAGUGUGAAAUCAGCCUUAUCUCAUCUUAUAAGCUGAGUGUAAAACAUGCAUAUGGACAAAAGAGAACGGCGAAGAAGAAAAAUUAUAUGAAGUUAUGAAGUCCUGACGACGUUAUCGCUUUUAAACUUCAGUUCACCCGAGUGAAGAGCGACUUCACAUCAGAACGGUUUUACUGACGAGUCAUUUUAUUUUUCCAAGGAUUCAAACUUCCGUCUUUAUCGUCGGGCAGAAACGAUUCCUCGGAUAACUCGAGUAACACGAGUCUUUUUUUAAAACCAGACUGUGUCUUUGUGAAUUACAACUUUCAGAUCUACUGUGUGUUCUAAAUACCUCUAAUAACCUUUAUUUGUAAUCAAUAAAACUAAAACACUGAGUCCAGAAAUUAAACUCAACAUUCUGUAGUGAUUAAAUUAUUAAUGUUAUGGUGCACUGAGAGUCUGUGUCUGUAUAUUAAAUAAAUAAGAUUAAAUUUGUGUUUAAUCUCGGCAUGUGAGGAGCUAUCUG